AUGGACUCGCUCAAUUCUACAUAUCCACAGCCAGCCAUGGCAGCCUAUUCUGAUUUUCUCGAGCUCGCCGCUCAGAAACAGCCUCAUCUCUCCAGUCUCGAGCGACUCUGGUGGGCGCAUUAUGCCUACUGGGACAAUAACAUUCUCGCAACCGGAAUCAUCACCUUCCUCGCCCACGAAAUCAUCUACUUCAGCCGCUGUCUCCCCUGGAUCAUCGCCGACGCCCUCCCCAGCAUCUUCCUCAAAUACAAGAUCCAAGACCAGAAACCUCCUCCAUCUGCAGCAGAGCAAUGGGCCUGCACAAAGUACAUCCUCCUCAUCCACUUCGUCGUCGAGCUCCCCCUCAUCGUCCUCUUCCACCCAAUGAUGGAACUCUGCGGCCUGAGCUUCACGACCCCCUUCCCAGACCUUCGCUCCCUCGCCGCCCAAAUAAUCACCUUUUUUCUUCUUGAAGACACAUACCACUACUGGCUGCAUCGCGCAAUGCACUGGGGCCCGCUCUACCGCUCCAUCCACCGCAUCCACCACCAAUACGCCGCGCCCUUUGGGCUAACAGCCGAGUACGCCAGUCCCUGGGAGACCCUCUUGCUGGGUCUCGGCACCAUCGGGCCUCCAUUGCUCCUGGGACUAAUGAACUGCAACGUGCAUUUGGUGACGGUGCUGGCGUGGGUGACGCUGCGGCAGUUCCAGGCCAUCGACGCGCACUCGGGGUACGAUUUCCCGUGGAGUCUGAGGCGGAUUAUGCCGUUCUGGGGCGGUGCGGAUUGGCAUGAUGAUCACCAUCGGUAUUUCUGGGGGAAUUAUUCCAGUUCGUUUAGGCAUUGGGAUGUGUUGAUGGGUACAGUUGCUGGUCCGGAGGCGAGGGAGAAGAGACGCGCGGAGCGAGAGAAGCGGCAGGCAUGA